CGACAAGGCUACACGAGUGAACAGUUAGUGCGGGCGUGAGUGUGAACCCAAACAGUAUGACUACGACAAAAAAUUUGGCGACGAGGACUUACGUAGAUGAGCGAGGUUGUCCUCUUCUCGCACAUCAUACUCCUUGUCUAUAAAAAAAAUAGAAACAAAUCAGUCACUAUGUCCAGACACCAAUACAACAGAUUUUUUACAUACAACACGAUUUGGUGGUACGAGGAGCCAAAAGUUCUUUGGGAAGAACGCUGCCAAAUUUGAUCACACCGGGACGGAUACUGAGUACAAGAACAAUAAAAUAUACAUCAAAUCA